GUUCUAGAAUUGGCAGUAUUCGCAAAACCUCCACUAACUCGAAAGCUUAGAGGCAACAGUACUGCUUUCUGGCCCUGCUUCUUCAUCAUCCAGCUUUCAUAUCCAUAAAAUAAGGCCGUGAGAAGAUGGCGUCUUUACGGUACCGUAGUUUCUUGAAAUUAUGCGAGGAAUGGCCAGUGGAUGAGACAAGAGUUGGCCGGGACCUGGGUGCGUAUAUAAGACAACGGGUAGCGCAAGCCUUUCGUGAGGGCGAGCGCACCCAGGUGUAUAAUUCAGAUGCCUGCGAUGAAAUGUGUGCUAGUCUGAACAGAAUGAAUACAAACCACUACAGAGAGAAGUAUCCUCGGCUUCAAGAUACAAGCUUCACUGAGGUCACAGCGGAAGAAUAUCGAAUGGUGCUGGCAUCUGACAACCUGAAACAGAUGGAACAGAUAAAAAAGGGAAUGUGGAAGAGACUUAGAGAUAAGUUUAAUGUUAAACCCGCAGAGGAGAAUAACUGAAAAGCACAAAUCCACUUCCUAUCUAUUUGCCGUCUACCACAUAUAAAGAAUCUACCAGUACACAGGCACUUUCCCAGAAGUUUUACUCAAGUUAUUGAAUAAUGUUAUAGGAACAUGGAAGGGCCUUGGUGUUGCUGUAGGUGUAUUUAUCUUGAAUUUGACAACUCCCUUACAUUGACAUGUACAAGUUACACCUGGAAAUGUAUUUAGUGGUUUGCCAAUAAAUUUUAAAGUUUGCAAACAAAA